UAUAGGGACCACAAAAAUAGAACAGAACAGUUAUAUGGAAAGCAAGCAAGCGCGCAAGCAGCUCAAACACAACUUGCGUGUGGCUUCGGAGCUGUGCAGAUAAAGGGGUGUGAAAGUGCGAUCGAAAGCGCAUGAUUUUGUUUAUCUUGCGGGCCGACUCGACCUGGGAGAGUGAUUGCGUGGUCACGAGGAAUUGGGUGGAAUUGGGUUGUGCUCGGAUGAUCUCGGGGAGCGUGGAUCUAUGUUUCAUUGCUGUGUGAUUGAAAGAUCGGGUAUGAGAGGGGGGUGUGAUCGAGGGCGUAGGAUUGUGAGGUGAUUGUUUCGAGAGCUGUCUGCUGCCAAAAGCUUGCCCCGCACAGACAUAGGAAAUCAAGAGCUGGGGGCAGCUAAACCACUUCAGCUCAGAUGUUUCCCCUCCGAACAGCGGCCCGGAGGCGAACAUGCCCAGGCCGAUUGUUUGGUAAUCCUUUUGCUGCCGUAGUACUUUUCGGUUUCACGUUCAAUGUCCAGGUCGGUGGCUUUGUUUCCUUUCGACACUUGGCCUCGCGAAUUUUGCACGCAGAGGCAGAAGACCGUGUGAUUGGAGCCGCAGCGCCUGGAAAGGCCCUUGCCGAAAUCGAGAGGCCUGAUGAUGCUGAGCCAGCUGAACCUGAAGAAAGUGCCCCAGAGGAAGCCGAAGAUUCCUGGCAGAGGAGAUGGCAAAUGGCACAGUUUGCUUUGCAAGAUUUGCUUGAGGCCAGCGAGGCAAGAACGUUUGCCGCCAACUCAUCCGCUCCCGGAGACCUUGCUGCAGCCGGCGCUGUUCUCACCCUCGCCAUAGCGUCAGAAGUUCCCCUUCUGAAAUUUGCUACCCUCACCGAGGAUGCCAUACGCAUGCUAUCUGGAAUGCAGCUGGCGGCUGUGGAGGAUGUGAUUGCUGCAGCUUCAUCUGCCACAGCAAGUGAGGGCCUUCCAGCCAUCGUUGGUAGUUCUUUGAUUUUGGCAGCAGCUGCAGUUGCAAGAAACGUCCCGGAUGAGGCGGACGAAGGCCCAUUGGACUGGCUGCAGGCUUUCAAUGCAACAGUCCAGGAAGUUUGGGCGAGUGGGACUGGCAGCUUGAACACUCGAGCAGCGACGCUUCUCAAAGAGGUCGCACGACUGUGGGCUGCAGUUGACGAGCAGCUUAGUCAGAAGGUGGCUAUUGGAGGUGAAGCCAAAAGCCAAUCCAGUCAUGGCAUUGCCUUACGCUGUGGAAGCGCAAGGCGCCAGGGGAAGGAUUGGAUUCUGCCCAUCGAGGUUCAGCUUUUUCGCCAGAGCCAGGGGCGUCAUGCACAUGGUCCAGAGGCGAUGCUACUGGCCAUGGGUCGUCAACUUUUCCGCUCGUUGCACGAUGUAAGUGAGAGCGACUUCAACGAGGAUGCGAUUAGAAUUUACGAGGAGCGAGCUCGGCUGAUCUUCCGAAGCUUCCAGAUGCCGCUCACAAGCGACCGCGCUUUGCAACGCCUGGAAGUUCGUAUAGGUGGCCCUCGCUACGGGGACGAAGGUUGGCAGAAAUUGCCACCAACUGACGGCAGCGGCUUGAUUCAGGCAAAUGUCAGGUUCACUGACGACAACAUCCCGUUGGCUGAUCGAUUUAUGGAGCAGGCUUCAGUCGAGGUGCGCUUGGCAGAAGUUGCAGCGGCUGGGGAUGCUCAAAGGCUGUCAGCCGCUCCAGUCAAAGCUGUAGCAGCCAUGGUUCGCCCACAAGGAGUUGGAAUUAUCUCCGACAUUGAUGACACUGUCAAGGUGACAGAGGUCUUUCAUGGCAUCAAGGCUGUCUUGCAGAACACCUUCCUGAAGACUUUUGUUGAUGUGCCUGGUAUGGCAAAGCUAUAUCAAGGCUGGGAAAAGUUGGAGGCUAGCUUCCACUAUGUAUCGAAGAGUCCACCAGAACUUUACGCACCUUUGGCCAAGUUCUUGCGCAGCAAGGGCUUCCCAGUGUCCUCCAUUCAUUUGUGCCCGCUGCUUGGGAGAAACCGAGCGAACUUCAAGCUUAGACAGGUGGAGAGUCUGUUAUCGCAGUUUCCGGAGCGGAAGUUCAUUUUGGUUGGCGACUCUGGAGAGAAGGACCCUGAGGUUUAUGCAGCAAUCAUGCGGAGCCACCCAGACCAAGUGCUGAAGGUCUUGAUCCGGUCUGUGGCGCCAUCCGACAAGGAGAACCGGGUGAAGGCUAAAGCUGCGUUUCGAGGAAUCAACGCAAAGAAGUGGCAGGUAUUUGAAGACCCGUCCGAAAUCAAUUUAAAAGAUAUCGAAAAGAAGCCUGUUCAGGGCACCUUUACUUGGCCUACAUGGCCAUGGUCCGACCUUCAGGAUGAAAGAGCCACACAGGCAACCAGCCAGCGCACGUGGAAUCAGAUGGGCAUGCCGUUGGCUGGGGCAAUUGUGGACUGACGGUCUCGGAUGGUUUUUUCCGCUCCAACAGUUUUCAAGCAUAGCUGGCUGUGCAAAGGGGCCAGUCAGCCUAGCUGUGCUUCAAGCCGGCAUGAGCGGCUGUGAAUUCAAAGUGUGGUAGAAGACCUUGAAUGUCAAUUUAAUGUAUUCUUGCGGGCACGUCGUCUGUCAACUCCAGAACCGAUCCAGCCAAUCAAAUGGACACUCGCAUCGGUUUGGCGACGUUCGAAAGCUUGGAUUUACAGGCCCAUGCAACCAACUAUCCUGAAAUUUUGUGCUUAUGCAGCAUGCAUGUCUUUGGGGCAAAGGAAAGCACCAACCUCCAAUGCCAAGUUGAAAGCAGUCCGCACCUCCCUUUUGUAGUGAACGACCACCAACCUGAAGAUAUUUUGAGCAGCUGCUCGAGGCCACAUUGACAUACCGAAACAGAUUCUGCUUUGAACACUGCAAAUAUCUUGGCAAUCACGUACCUUUGACAUUUUGGCAGCUCCUUGAGAGGCACUGCGGUGUCGAAGGUAUAUUGACAUAGAUCAUUUGCGUUUGCCUUGUAACCAGUGUGGCUGACUGAUAGUUUAAAGUUUCAGCUCGCAGCAGAUCCUGCAAACAUUUGUAGAGUUUGUAGACCCGCUCAUCGGGUGAAAGGUUUUUGGCUACGCAAAAGCGUAACGAAACUUGGAAGUGUGCUUGGCCA